AUGGCGACGUCAAUGCGCGGAUUGACCCAGUACAUUUCGGACCUGCGAGCAUGCCGUGUCCGAGAGCUGGAGGAGAAGCGGGUGAACCGCGAGAUGGCCCACAUCCGCCAGAAGUUCAAGGACGGUAAUCUCGAUGGUUACCAGAAGAAGAAGUACCUGUCCAAGGUCGUCUUCACGUACAUUCUUGGCUACAAGGUGGACAUCGGUCAUAUGGAGGCUGUCAACCUGAUUCACAGCAACAAGUACAGCGAGAAGCAGAUCGGCUACCUCGCGAUCACGCUGCUCAUGCACGAGAACUCGGACAUCGUUCGUCUAGUCAUCAAUUCUAUUAGGAAGGACUUGGAGGAUUCGAACGAAAUCAACAACUGUCUUGCUUUGCAUGCCAUCGCUAACCUGGGUGGAAGGGAAAUGGCCGAGGCGCUGGCCGAUUCGACUUUCCGCGCCAUGAUCAGCCCUGUUUCGACCACGUUUGUCAAAAAGAAGGCCGCUCUGACGCUCCUGCGAUUGUACCGAAAGCACCCGUCAGUCAUGCCAGUGCAGGAGUGGGCUGAGCGCAUCAUGCCCAUGAUCGGUGAACGCGACCAGGGUGUGGCCAUGACUGCGACUUCGCUGGUGACGGCCAUGGCGCAGGACCACCUGGAGGCGUUUGCGGGAUGUUACCAGCACGCCGUUGACAGGUUGGACAAGAUCAAGAUCCUGCGACUAUUGCAGUACUACCCUCCGCCGGACAAUCCUGAAGUUGUUGAGAUGGUUAACGGCCUCUUGCAAGCUAUUAUCGAUAUGUCCCAGGAGACGCCGCGCAACGUACAGCACAACAAUGCGCAGAACGCUGUCUUGUUCGAGGCUAUCAACCUCGCUAUCCACCUGAACCCCGAGAGCAAGGUCGUAUCUAACGCUUCGGUCCUGCUUGGCAGGUUUAUUCUCGCGAGGGAAACCAACGUUCGUUACCUCGGUCUUGACGCCAUGGCGCACCUGGCCGCGUGUUCCACUUCGCUCGAACCCGUCAAGAGACAUCAGGACACGAUCAUUCUUAGUCUGAAGGACCGUGACAUCUCUGUGCGAAGACGAGCGCUCGACCUGCUGUACUCGAUGUGCGACACGACGAACGCCAAGGUCAUCGUCGGCGAGCUUCUCAAGUACCUCCAGGUGGCCGACUACAACUUGAGGGAAGAGAUGGUACUGAAGAUUGCCAUUCUGACGGAGCGCUUUGCCACCGAGUACGAGUGGUACAUCGACACGAUUCUGCAGCUCAUCUCGACAGCGGGUGACCACGUCGGUGCCGAGGUGUGGUACCGUGUCGUGCAGCUUGUUACGAACAACGAGGACCUGCAGCCGUACGCGUCGACGGCUGUUUACCGCCACAUCAAGAAGGCGCAGUGCCACGAGAAUAUGGUCAAGGUUGCUGGCUACAUUCUCGGCGAGUUUGGACACUUAAUUGCGAACGACGAGGGUUGCAGCCCGAUCGAGCUGUUCCACGCACUGCACUCCAAGAUCAACAUUUGCACAGCGCCGACGCGUGCGCUCCUGCUCACGACGUACAUCAAGUGGGUCAACCUGUUCCCGGAAAUCAAGGAGCACCUCGUCAACAUCUUCCGACGAUACACGCACGUCCUUGACGCGGAGCUGCAGCAGCGUGCGUGCGAGUACCUUGCGCUUGCGACGCGCAACGACAAUGACGAGCUGCUGCAGGCGGUGUGCGACGAGAUGCCCGUGUUCCCUGAGCGCGAGUCCGCGCUUGUGAACCGGCUGCACAAACGCGGUAACGCCGCGCAGGACAAGCGCACCUGGGUCAUCGGACAGCAGAGCGAGAAUCGGGACAAGUUUGCGAAGCAGUUCUCGAAGGACAGCACGAGUGCGGCGGACGACGAGACCGUCCCCGUGCCGCCGCCGAAGCCGCAGAUGUCCCUGUCGCAGCCGCAACCGCAGGCGUCGCUGUCUGUCGACCCCCAGCCGUCGGGCAACCUCACGCCGCAGACGCCCUCCGCCAGCGAGCCAAUGAUGGGCCCCGGUCCGUCCUCGCAGUCUACCAUGCUGUCCGAGGACAUCAUGACCUCACUCGCUGGGCUGGACAUGUCGAGCCCCGCGCCUGAGCCCGCGUCGGCACAGCAGCGCCUUCUUCCGGAGCAGCAGCAGUUCGUCUCUGAGCCUACCGGAGGUGCGGCGCCACUCUCGACGCUUACGAGCCCGACGACGCCAGACGACCUGCAGCACACUGCGACGCUGGGCGGCGUCAACCCCGCGCUCCUGCACGGCCUCACGACGGGCCCGAACGUGGAGAAGUGGCUCGAGCGGCUGUCGUAUGCGUCCGAGGGCGUCCUCUACGAGGACAAGCAGGUGCAGAUCGGGAUUAAGGCGGAGUACCACGGCCCUCUAGGCCGGAUAGCGCUGUUCAUCGGGAACAAGAUCAGCACGCCGUUCACGUCCGUGUCUGCGCGGAUCGAGAACAGCGAGCCCGGGCUGAGCGCAAACUUCCACGACACGCCCGUGACGCGCAUCGAGGGCCUGGCGCAGAUCCAGGAGAUGAUCCAUGUCGAGGCAAAGGGCGUCUUUACGUCGCCGCCAGUGCUGAGGUUCACGUACCUGGCAGGCGGGUUCACGACGCUCGUGCUCAAGCUGCCAGUCUUCCUGAGCAAGUUCAUAGAGGGCGUGCAGCUGGACCAGGCGGCGUUCUUUGAGCGCUGGAAGAUCAUCGGCGGCCCGCCCCGCGAGGCGCAGCAGAUCUUCCCCAUCAAGCUCUCCGAGGCGGGAGAGAUUGACACGCAGCGCAACGAAAAGGUCAUUGCCGGGCAGAGCAUGAGCGUCCUCCGCGGCAUUGACCCGAACCCGGUCAACAUCGUCACGGCCGGCGUGCUCCACAUGACGAGUGGAAAGGUCGGUAUCCUUGGCCGCCUCGAGCCGAACCGCGACGCCAAGCUGUGCCGCCUCACGGUGCGCAGUACCAACGAGGAGGUCAGCAAGGAGUGCCUCAAGCUGUUCUCCAAGCCGAUCAACGCGGAUGUGGCAGCGAGCCUCGGGUACGAGUUCGGGAUACUCGCGCAUCGAGUCGAGCCCGACCUCGCUGACGUCGACCUUGAAGCUGCGCUGCAUGAUGCGCCGCGCAAUGAAGGAGCUGACGAGCUCGGAUCCCCACACGGCCAGCGAGGCGUAGAAUGUCAUGGCGAACGUGUACGGAUCGACCGGGGUCGAGUUGAACCUGAAGAACGGGUAGAUGGCGCUGUUGGGGCCAAAGUGGAGAAUGGCCAGCCAGCCGAGGAAGGACACCAUGGUCGUAUUCUGCGCGAGGGAGCGGCAGUAGAAGCCCACGGCGACGCUGUCCACGUGUUCUUGCCAGGUAUCGCUCGAGCCGAUGACGAGCUGGAGGACGCGGUGCCAGCCCUUUGUCAUUUGCAGCGGGAAGAGGACGAUGACGGCGAACGAGGAGAGGAGCUGGACAGUCGCGAACUGGGACGGAGAGCGCAGGCGCGCAAAGAGGUUGCGGUAGAAGACGUGGUAGACCAGCUGGAAGAAGAGUUUGUACACGAACAGCAGCGCGCGAGAGCGCACCUUGGCGCUGAUGAUGUAGAAGGACAUGAGCGCGAGAAUUUGGACCGCUGA